GCUGGGUUUGUUUCUCAGGCUGGUCGCUUCUCUUCCUCAGGUGACUGCGCCGCAGCCUACUGCUCGCAGCCACCGGCGAAGUUCAGUUGCAGCCCCUGAAGCGCCCCAGCGUCCCUCCUGGGCAGCAGCGGCCGGUCCAUGGAGAAGGACCCGGUGCGGGCGCCGGCGAAGCCGCGGGGCUCCAGGUGCAGUAAUGGGUUCCCCGAGCGGGAGCCGCCGCGGCCCGGGCCCAGCCGGUCAACCGAGAAGCCCGCGCGGCCGGGGUCCAAGAGCGCCCAGCCCGCAGACGGCUGGAAGGGCCAGCGGCCCCGCAGCGAGGAGGAUAACGAGCUGAACCUCCCCAACCUGACGGCCGCCUACUCGUCUAUCCUGCGCUCAUUGGGUGAGGACCCCGAGCGGCAGGGGCUGCUCAAGACGCCCUGGAGGGCGGCCAAGGCCAUGCAGUUCUUCACCAAGGGCUACCAGGAAACCAUUUCAGAUAUCCUAAAUGAUGCUAUAUUUGAUGAAGAUCAUGAUGAGAUGGUGAUUGUGAAGGACAUAGAUAUGUUUUCCAUGUGUGAACAUCAUCUAGUUCCAUUUGUUGGAAAGGUCCAUAUUGGUUAUCUUCCUAACAAGCAAGUCCUUGGCCUCAGCAAGCUUGCAAGAAUUGUAGAAAUCUACAGUAGAAGAUUACAAGUUCAAGAGCGCCUUACAAAACAAAUUGCCGUAGCAAUCACAGAAGCCUUGACACCUGCUGGAGUUGGGGUAGUGGUUGAAGCAACACAUAUGUGUAUGGUAAUGCGAGGGGUACAGAAAAUGAACAGCAAAACUGUGACCAGCACGAUGUUGGGUGUGUUCCGGGAAGAUCCAAAGACUCGGGAGGAGUUUCUAACUCUCAUUAGGAGCUGAACUGUGGUGCCUGCUGUGUGGUUUGCACAUCAUACUGCCAGUAGCAUUGUUUGGUCUUAAUUGUUUGUACAUUCUAUUUUUCAAUUGUUACAGAUGUGAACUUUACUCCUGGUCACUAAUUGUGCUUAAAUUAUUUAUAGCAAGCCAAAAUAAAAAUAAUUUAUAAAGGGGUGAACCCUCUACUUUAUUCUUGCCACCUUUUAGUGGUGACAUUAAAGUGAACUGCCAAUAGUGUAAGUUGUAUACACAAAAUCACUGCCAUUCAAAUACCUGAGAGUGCUGGGAAGAGAGAAGAAUUAAUGUAUUUUGUUGAAAUUGUAUGGCAUUUGGACUCAGCAUAGGAGUGCUGGGAAUGGGAGAGAACUAUGGUCAAUACAAUUUUUUCCUCCCCAAACAAAAAUGGUAUAGUGCUGAAAGUACUUAAAUCAACUUAUGUACAGUGUGAAACUUUGCUCUGCAAAUUCAAAGUCUAAUAGGUUCCAUUUUAGUCACGUUUAAACCAACAGUGACAGUUUAUUUUUUACAUAUUUAUUUUUUAAAUACCAAGUCAUAAUGUUAGUCACUAAUGGGAAGUGGUGGGGUGUCUGUGCUUUGGAUUUUACUGUGAGUUUAAAAAGCACAUUUCUACCUUCUAUUAUUUUAAAUUUCAAAUACAGGAAAUUAGUUUCUGGAGUUGGUUACAAGUUUAUUCUCAUGUCAACAUGCAGGGAUUUAGACAUUUAACUCUCUGUGCCUUGAUGAGAAUAUCAUACCUUUUGAGUGUAGACCCUUUGCCUUUUAAAAAAGCCAUUAUUUUAUAAGACUUAGUAGGGACACUGCAAUUAACUAGUCCUCACAGUUUUACUUUUUGAGGUUUCCUGGGAACUUACUAUGUAUGUUCCAUAUACAUGCCUCAAAACUUUUUUUCUUUUGGUCUUAUCAAGUAUUUUUCCAGAAAAUUUUGGGAGUGUGCAUCAUUUUCAGGUCUGAGAACCAUCACUUCCAUGAACACGAGAGAAUGAAGAAUGAAAUGACUGUGACUGCCUUGUGAGCUAUGUCCAGUGUGCUAAUGAAAUCUGUGUUGUUGAUGUCUGUGAAAAAAUGCACCAGGAAAUCUUCAGCUAGUUUUCCAUGUGCUCCAUGUGGGAUUUGUUUUCAAUGUAGUUCUGUACAGGUGGUAUAGGUAUUUUAGUCCAGGAAGCUGUUGCCUUAUCAAUAAUUAUCUUAAAAUUUCCUUCACUGGGGCAGUGUGGGCCAAAUUAAAACAGAACAACCCCUCACCCCCAUGCAGUUAUUUCAUGUAGAAGUUUUCAUAUUUGUUUGACAUCAUGGUCUUCAAAUAUUUCCCAUCACGUUAAGAAGAACUAAAUAAUGCUUGAUUUAACUUUGAUUGUCCUAUAUAAGUCUUAUCUCUGACACUUUGCAUUAUGAUGGGAUGACAUGGCUGAGGUGUUUUUUUGUUUUAAUUCUUUCUGAUUUCUGGUAUUUCCUAGUUUUUCUGUAUUUGGAGUUUCUAAAAUAUAGUGGUUGAUUUUGAAUUCCUUUUUUAACCUAACCUGGUAUAAUCAUUAUCCUGCUUGAUAUUUAGACAUUUAGAGGUAGAAUUCUAAGCACUCAACUCAUGUUUAGUAUUCUAAAGUAAAAUCAGGUGGAACUGGAGGACCAAAGAAAUUGUUAGCUGUAGAUUCAUCUCUCUGAGAUCAUUUGUAUUCCUUUUUAACAACCCUUUGUUCUAAUAUUCCCUCAAAGUCUUUUCAUAAAGGUCUAAUAUAUCCACAGGCUGUUCUCUUACUAGUAAAUGCAAAGUAAUUGCCUUGUCUAUUUUACUGUGGUCUGUAGUACUUCAAACUUACCUUCUCAUAUUUAUGGCCUUCAGUCAAUUUGGGGGGAUUUUUAAGAAUUUGAUGCAUUUAAAUAUACUGUUCAGUUAAAUUGUUUGAAUGUUAUGUAUGUGUAUGUAUGUACCUGAAGUUGGUUCUAUUUAAAUUAUUAAAGUGUUAUG